AUGGCCUCCUCAACUCUCCGUUUCAUCUUCUUCUCCGCCAUUCUCUUGUCGUUCACACUCACCACCUCCACACGUGACCCAUGUGCAACCGACGAUCUCUCAAUCAUCCCCAUAAACUCCAAAUGCUCACCUUUUGCAGCCAAUCAUAUCUCCCGCUCCGUUAUUGACACCGUCCUCCACAUGGCUUCCGCCGACUCUCUUCGCCUCAACUACCUCUCCAGCCUCGUCGCCGGAAAACCCAACCCAACCUCCGUCCCCGUCGCCUCCGCUAACAACCUCCUCCACACGGGCAACUACGUAGUCCGAGCCAGUUUUGGCACUCCUCCUCAGAUCAAUUACAUGGUCCUAGACACCAGCAGCGACGCCAUUUGGCUCCCUUGUUCCGGCUGCUCCGGCUGUUCCACCUCUGUAGUUGCCUCUUCUUUCACUCCGAACGCCUCCUCCACUUAUUCCACCGUCUCUUGCUCCACCGCACAAUGCACCCAAGCACGUGGCCUCACGUGCCCAUCCUCCUCACCCUCACCACCGGCCGUCUGCUCUUUCAACCAUUCCUACGGCGGAGAUUCGUCCUUCUCCGCCUCACUCGUCCAAGAUACGCUGACGCUAGCCUCUGACGUCAUCCCCAAUUUCUCCUUCGGCUGCCUCACCUCCGCCUCCGGGAGUUCUCUACCUCCGCAAGGACUAAUGGGCCUCGGACGCGGGCCCAUGUCGUUAAUCUCUCAAACGUCGUCGCUUUACUCUGGCGUGUUCUCCUACUGCCUCCCUAGCUUCAGGUCGUACUUCUUCUCCGGGUCGUUGCAACUGGGCCCGGCGGGUCAACCCAGUACCAUCAGAUACACACCACUCCUCCGUAACCCUCGCCGGCCAUCUCUUUACUAUGUCAAUCUCACCGGAGUUAGUGUCGGUUCGGUUCACGUGCCUAUUAACGUUACGUACUUGUCGUUUGAUUCGAAUACCGGCGCCGGAACGAUCAUCGAUUCCGGCACUGUGAUUACCCGUUUUAUUCAACCCGUUUACGAGGCCAUUAGACUCGAGUUUAGGAAGCAGGUGAAAGGGCCGUUCUCGGCGUUGGGAGCGUUCGACACGUGUUUCGUGGCGGAGAACAAGAAAAUGGCGCCAAAGAUAACUCUGCACAUGACGUCUCUCGACCUGGUGCUGCCGAUGGAGAAUACGCUCAUCCACAGCAGCGCGGGAACGCAAGCUUGUCUAUCGAUGGCCGGGAUACCGCGAAACUCGAACGCUGUUCUAAACGUGAUCGCCAAUCUCCAACAGCAGAACUUAAGGAUAUUGUUUGACGUCCCCAAUUCCCGCCUAGGCAUUGCUCCUGAGUCAUGCAACUACUCCUAG